AUGGCAGAUGAUCGGAAAGAUGAAGCAAAGGCGCCUCACUGGACCUCAGCUCAACUUACAGAGGCAUCUGCCCAGCCACACCCACCGGAGAUCAAGGAUCAAGGUGGGGCAGGGGAGGGACUUGUCAGAAGCGCCAAUGGAUUCCCCUACAGAGAGGAUGAAGAGGGCGCCUUUGGAGAACAUGGGUCACAGGGCACCUACUCAAAUACCAAAGAGAACGGAAUCAACGGAGAACUGACCUCAGCUGACAGAGAAACAGCAGAGGAGGUGUCUGCAAGGAUAGUUCAAGUAGUCACGGCGGAAGCUGUAGCAGUCCUGAAAGGUGAACAAGAGAAAGAAGCUCAGCCUAAAGAUCAACCUCCUGCUCUGCCUUUAGCAGCUGAAGAGACAGCUAAUCUGCCUCCUUCUCCACCCCCAUCACCAGCCUCAGAACAGACUGUCCCAGUGGAAGAAGAAGAAGAAACGCUAGAGAGUCCAAUGGCUGAGGAAGAGAAACCUGCCACUCUUCCUGAGAAAGAGUGUGGGGCUGCCAAGGUCUCAGACCAGCCCAAGGGCCUCAGUGAGGGCCAAGUGGAGUCUAGUGCGGAGGCCCAAGUAGUUCCUGCAGACAGCGCCCCAGCAGGGGCCCCACAGGAGAAAAGUGUAAAAGAGGUCACGGUCACGGAGGUGUCUCCAGAAGUAAAAACCCCUUCCUCUGCCGGGGAAGGUUUACUUACAGCCUCGAAGAUGGAGUUUCAUGAUCAACAGGAAUUGACUCCCUCUCCAGCCGAGCCAUUAGACAAGAAGGAAAAGGAACCAGAGACACAAAGAAAGCCUGGUGAAGACCUUAAGCAUGCUGCCUUAGUUUCUCAGCUGGAAACGACUAAAACUUCUCCUGAUAAAAAGGACUCACAAGGCACAGAAGAAGAAAAAGCACCUCCCACUCUGUUUGGGCACACUCUUGGUGCCAGCCUAGAAGAUACAAAACCCAAGACAGAACCAAGCCUAGUGGUACCUGAUAUUGGCCUUCCUGCAGAGCCCACAGCUGCAAAAGAGCAGAAGGACUGGUUCAUCCAAAUGCCAACGGAAGCCGAAAAGGAUGAGUGGGGUUUAGUUGCUCCCGUAUCUCCUGGCCCCCUAACACCCAUGAAGGAAAAAGAUGUACUUGAGGAUAUCCCAAAAUGGGAAGGCAAACAAUUUGAUUCUCCCAUGCCGAGUCCCUUUCAGGGUGGAAGCUUCACUCUUCCUUUUGACAUCUCAAAGAAUGAAAUAGUUGCAGCAGCAUCACCCUUUGCUCCCGCCCUGUUACAGCCAGAUGACCAAAAAUCUCUGGAAGAAACUGGUAGCCCAGCAACUGCCAAAGAUAGUUCUCAAGUUGAAGAGCCCCAGAAGGAUCAACAUGACAAAAUAGCAGAAGCACCAGCCCCAGAGGCAGUUGCUGCACCCAAAGAUGCUCACAUUUCAAUUGUGGAAGAGUGUGUCCCAGAGAAAGUUUCAGGAGAAGAGAAAGGGGUGAUAAAGGAAGAGAGUGUGCAGAUAAAAGAGACUCCCACCCUCAGCGGACAGGAAUCUACACUUGCUGAAAUGGAACCUCACCUAAAGCUGGAAGAAAAAACAACCAUUUCUGACAAAGAAGCCAUGCCAAAAGAGAGCGAACCCCCAAAAUUGAUAGAUGAAGAAACAAAUAUAAUUCAACCUUCCACAGAACACACUUACUCCAAAAAAGAAGAGAAGGGCCAGGAGCCUCCCACAGAUAUAUUAAAACAGGACUCAUUCCCUGUAAGUUUGGAGCAAGCAGUUACUGAUUCAGCCGUGACCACUCAGACACCGGAAAAAAUCAUGACUGAACCAACUGCACUAAGUGAAAAGAGUGCCACCCAGGAGCUCUUUGAAGAAAAAGUUGCUGACAAAGAUCAUAAGGUAGAAGAAGUUGGAGUUGUAACAUCAGCUGAGCUUGACAUGCCAUUUUAUGAAGACAAGUCAGGAAUGUCCAAGUACUUUGAAACAUCCGCCCUGAAAGAAGAAGUGACCAGAAGCAUCCAGCCAGUCAGUGAUUACUAUGAACUCAGUGACACAAGAGAAAGUGCCCAAGAGGCUUUUGAUGCUGUAUCUCCCAUGCAUAAAGAUGGCGACAAGACACUUCCAGAAGAAGAACCCCAGCCCAGUGCUCCGGCCCAAGAAGCAGGGUAUAGCACUCUCGCACAGAGUCAUCCAGCUGACUUACCAGAAGAACCCAGUUCUCCCCAAGAAAGAAUGUUCACCAUUGAUCCAAAAGUGUAUGGAGAGAAAAGGGAUCUCCACAGUAAGAAUAAGGAUGAUCUGACACUAAGCAGGAGCUUAGGACUUGGUGGUAGGUCUGCAAUAGAACAAAGAAGCAUGUCCAUCAAUUUGCCCAUGUCUUGCCUGGAUUCCAUAGCCCUUGGGUUUAACUUCGGUCGAGGGCAUGAUCUUUCCCCCCUGGCUUCUGACAUUCUAACCAACACUAGUGGAAGUAUGGAUGAAGGAGAUGAUUACCUUCCAGCCACAACACCUGCCGUGGACAAAGCCCCUUGCUUCCCAACCGAAAGCAAAGAAGAAAAAGAACAGGUAAAGGAAGAAAAAGAUACUGGAGAGGAAAAUGCCCGAGUCGAGACAUCAUGUGAGUCGCCUUUCCUAGCCAAAGAUUAUUACAAAAAUGGUACUGUCAUGGCCCCUGACUUGCCUGAAAUGCUAGACCUGGCAGGCACACGGUCAAGAUUAGCUUCCGUGAGUGCAGACACUGAAGUUGCCAGGAGAAAAUCAGUCCCAUCUGAGACUGUGUUGGAGGAGAGUAGCACUGGCUUGCCCCCUGUCACUGAUGAAAACCACAUCAUCGUUAAAACUGACAGUCAACUCGAAGACCUGGGCUACUGUGUGUUCAAUAAAUACACAGUCCCCCUCCCAUCACCUGUUCAAGACAGUGAGAAUUUAUCUGGGGAGAGUGGUUCCUUUUAUGAAGGCACUGAUGAUAAAGCACGAAGAGAUUUGGCCACUGAUCUUUCAUUAAUUGAAGUCAAGCUGGCAGCUGCCGGAAGAGUAAAAGAUGAAGUCAGUGCUGAGAAGGAAGCAUCCCCACCUAUCUCUGGUGACAAAUCAGGACUGAGUAGGGAGUUUGAUCAGGAGAAGAAAGCCAAUGAUAAGCUGGAUACUGUCCUAGAGAAAAGUGAAGAACAUGCUGAUUCAAAAGAGCACACCAAGGAAACAGAAGAUGCUGGUGAUGAAGUUGAAACUCUUGGAUUAGGAGUGACCCAGGAGCAAGCUUCAGCCAGAGAACUGAUGAUCUCUAAAGAUUCAUCACCUGUCAUGGCUGAGAAAGCAGAGAAAGUUCUUAGUUCAGUGCCAGAGGUAGCUGAGGUAGAACCGUCCAAAAAAACUGAACCAGAACUGGAUUUGGCUGUGAAGAAAGCUGAACAAGGUCAGUUAGAUAUUAAAAUCAGUGACUUUGGACAGAUGGCCUCAGGCCUACAUGUAGAUGCUGGAGAGGCAGCAGAGCUUAAACUUGAGGCUACCCAGGACCUUGCCCCCUCAUCCACAGCCCCUCAGGAGGUAGAUGCAUUUAUGGGUGUUGAGUCCAGCCACGUGAAAGAAGGCACCAAAGUUAGUGAAACAGAAGUCAAGGAGAAGGUGGCUAAGCCUGACUUGGUGCACCAGGAGGCUGUGGACAAAGAAGAAUCCUAUGAGUCCAGCGGUGAGCAUGAAAGCCUCACCAUGGAGUCCUUGAAAGCCGAUGAGGGCAAGAAGGAAACUUCCCCAGAAUCUUCUCUAAUUCAAGACGAGAUUGCCAUCAAAUUGUCUGUGGAAAUACCCUGUGCACCUGUUGUUUCAGAGGCUGAUGUAGCCGCAGAUGAGAGAGCUGAUGUCCAGAUGGAAUUUAUUCAGCUGCCGAAAGAAGAAAGCCAAGAGACCCCGGAUAUUUCCAUCACGCCCUCCGAUGUUACCGAGCAGUUGCCUGAAGCUGCCAGAGCUGAACCCGCAGAGGCUCAGAGCGAGGAAGAAGAGAUCGAAGCCCGGGGAGAAUAUGACAAGUUGCUCUUCCGCUCAGACACCCUUCAGAUUACCGACCUGGGUGCCCCAGGUGUCAGGGAGGAGUUUGUGGAGACCUGUCCUGGUGAGCACAAAGGAGUGAUUGAGUCUGUUGUAACCAUCGAGGACGACUUCAUCACUGUCGUGCAAACCACAACUGAUGAAGGGGAGUCAGGUUCCCACAGUGUGCGUUUUGCAGCCCUCGAGCAGCCCGAGGUGGGAAGGAGACCAUCACCCCAUGCUGAAGAAGAACUUGAAGUAGAAGAGGCAGCUGAAGCCCAGGCUGAACCCAAGGACGGUUCCCCAGAGGCUCCGGCUUCCCCUGAGAGAGAAGAGGUUGGACUCUCAGAAUAUAAGACAGAAACCUAUGAGGAUUACAAAGAUGAAACCACCAUUGAUGACUCCAUCAUGGAUGCUGACAGCCUCUGGGUGGACACUCAAGAUGAUGAUAGAAGCAUCAUGACAGAACAGUUAGAAACUAUCCCUAAAGAGGAGAAAGCUGAAAAGGAAGCUCGGAGAUCAUCUCUUGAGAAACAUAGAAAAGAAAAGCCUUUUAAAACCGGGAGAGGCAGAAUUUCCACUCCUGAAAGAAAAAUAGCUAAAAAGGAGCCUAGCACAGUCUCCAGAGAUGAAGUGAGAAGGAAAAAAGCAGUUUAUAAGAAGGCUGAACUUGCUAAAAAAACAGAAGUUCAGGCCCACUCUCCCUCCAGGAAAUUCAUUUUAAAACCUGCUAUCAAAUAUACUAGACCAACUCAUCUCUCCUGUGUUAAGCGGAAAACGACAGCAGCAGGUGCUGAAUCACCUCAGGCUCCCAGUGUAUUUAAACAGGCAAAGGACAAAGUCUCUAAUUCUACCUUGUCAAAGAUUCCUGCCUUACAGGGUAGCACAAAGUCCCCAAGAUGCAGCUCAGCCUGCCCUAGCGCGACUAAAAGGGCUACAUUUUCUGACAGUUUAUUCACACAGCCCACCUCAGCGGGCUCCACAGGCCGCUUACCAUACUCAGAAUCAGGGAACAAGGAUGGAGUUACCAAGAGCCCAGAGAAGCGCUCUUCUCUGCCGAGACCUUCCUCCAUCCUUCCUCCUCGCCGAGGUGUAUCAGGAGACAGAGAUGAGAACUCCUUCUCUCUCAACAGUUCUGUCUCCUCUUCUGCACGGCGGACCACUCGGUCAGAGCCAAUUCGCAGAGCAGGAAAAAGUGGCACUUCCACACCCACUACCCCUGGAUCAACCGCCAUCACUCCUGGCACCCCACCAAGCUAUUCCUCACGCACCCCAGGCACUCCUGGAACCCCCAGCUACCCCAGGACCCCUCACACACCAGGAACCCCCAAGUCGGCCGUCUUGGUUCCCAGUGAGAAGAAAGUCGCCAUUAUACGCACGCCUCCAAAAUCUCCUGCUACUCCCAAACAGCUUCGGCUUAUCAACCAACCACUGCCAGACCUGAAGAAUGUCAAAUCCAAAAUUGGAUCCACAGACAACAUCAAAUACCAGCCUAAAGGGGGCCAGGUUAGGAUUUUAAACAAGAAGAUCGAUUUUAGCAAGGUUCAGUCCAGAUGUGGUUCCAAGGAUAACAUCAAACAUUCUGCUGGGGGCGGAAAUGUCCAGAUUGUCACCAAGAAGAUAGACCUAAGCCAUGUGACAUCCAAAUGUGGCUCUCUGAAGAACAUCCGCCAUAGGCCAGGUGGUGGGCGUGUGAAAAUUGAAAGUGUGAAGCUAGAUUUCAAAGAAAAGGCCCAAGCUAAAGUCGGUUCGCUUGACAAUGCUCACCACGUUCCCGGAGGUGGUAAUGUCAAGAUUGACAGCCAAAAGUUGAACUUCAGAGAGCAUGCUAAGGCCCGUGUGGACCAUGGGGCUGAGAUCAUUACGCAGUCCCCAGGCAGAUCCAGCGUGGCUUCCCCCCGACGACUCAGCAACGUCUCCUCUUCUGGAAGCAUCAACCUGCUUGAAUCCCCCCAGCUUGCCACCCUGGCCGAGGAUGUCACUGCCGCACUCGCUAAACAGGGCUUGUGA